UUUUUCUUUAUCUUUUUCUAUAUGUUAUUUGAGCAACUUGAACUACGAAUUACCAAUGAAGUAUAUCAUUUUACACCACUGAUAGAGCCUGCUAAACAAAACAUAACAACACACCUGGAAACCUUGACAGUCUACCGAGACUCUGGCGAGUUAAAAUUAAACGCUCCCUUUGCGCACGAUGCGCGAGUUGAAAAUGAAUUAUUAGUCCAUGGUAUACUAGGAUUUAUUCGAUUACAAGCAGGCGAAUACAUGAUUGUCAUUACAGGAUGUCAGCGAGUAGGCACAUUAACAUACGGAGAGGUGUUUCGUAUCACCAAUUUUCAAAUUUUGCCUAUUGCACGCACGAUGCCUCUUUCAGGUCAAUCAUUAAACGACGAGCAAAAAUAUAUUCAAUUGAUUGGAGACCACUUGAGUCAGAAUGGCUUUUAUUUCUCAUACAAGUAUCCCAUUACAUUAUGUACACAAAAACAGACACAGACAAUUGGAAAUCAUUGGCGAGAUGCAGACACAAGGUUCUUUUGGAACAGAUAUCUAAGUGAAAAACUCAUUCAUGCUACUAUGGAGUCACAUCAAGAUUUUAGUCGUUUUAUUUUACCUGUCAUACAAGGCUUUGUGGCCAUCACACCAACAGUCAUUCAAAACCGUGCAGUAACAUUUGCGCUUAUCAGUCGACGCAGUCAAGAACGUGCUGGCACACGCUUCUUUUCUCGCGGGUUGAACGAACAAGGCUUUGCUUCUAACUUUGUCGAAACAGAGCAACUAGUACUCUGCGACCCUUCUAAAUCUCUCUCUCAAGACAACUUGAUCCGCGCUUCUUAUCUCCAGACCCGAGGAAGUUUACCUGCAUUCUGGGGUCAAAUUCCCAAUCUCAAAUACAUACCACGACUAUGGUAUAAUGCGAAUAUAUCAGACGAACAUGUUUUGAAUGCUUCUCGGCUACAUUUCGAUCAACAAAUGAAACACUAUGGACCUCAAAUCCUUGUCAAUUUAGUCAACACCAAAGGCUAUGAACAACCCAUGGGUCAGUUAUAUGCAUCAAUUGUAAAGCAGCUUGCUGACCUUGAUUUGAAAUACAUCCAUUUUGAUUUCCAUCAUGAGUGUCGCAAGAUGCGUUGGCAUAGAGUACAAUUACUGAUUGAUCAGCUGGAGUCAGACCUUAGACAUCAAGGUUAUUGCUUACACGAUGCAACUCAAGAACCUAGUCUGUGUCAAAAGCAGCAAUCUGUCAUUCGUGCUAACUGCAUGGACUGUCUGGACAGAACCAAUGUCGUACAAAGCACCAUUGGUAGGUGGGUUUUGAAUCGGCAAUUAAGGGACUUGGGCAUACUUCAGUCAACUGAAGUGAUUGAAAAUGAUGAACAAUUCAUGCAGAUCUUCAAGGAUGUCUGGGCAGACAAUGCUGAUGCCCUAAGUAUUCCUUAUUCAGGCACAGGUGCACUCAAGACGGAUUUCACAAGAACAGGCAGGCGUACACAUAGAGGCAUGAUCAAUGACUUUAAUAAUUCAGCCAUUCGUUAUAUCAAAAACAACUAUUUAGAUGGUUCAAGACAAGAUGCCAUUGAUUUGUUUUUGGGUAACUAUAGAGUAUCUGGCACAAGUCCCUUUAAGACGUCUUCGAUUCAAAUCAAAUGGGUGCCUCUGUGUAUGCUUAUUGCCUCUGUCUUGUUCUUGAUGACUUUGUUUCAUUCCAGCUUGUUUUACAUUGAGUCUUCGUUACUAUAUGUGCUAUCUCUUUCCUUUUGGUUUGCAAUUAUAGUGACGUGUUGGCUCUAUAUCCAACAAAACGCAUCUUCCUUUGUAGACUGGCCAAAAUUAAUACCGAUUCAACAACCCCUUUCGCAUCAUGAACCGAACAUUCUUCAUAAAGCAACAAGUGAUAUUCGUAAAUGGGCUAUGAGACGCAAUAGUUCUGCUGUACUCAACCAGAUAGAGCAAGGUUAUGAAAUGUUACCUCCACUUAAGAAAAAUACAUAAUUUUUUUUUCAAUUAAAGUUCACCCUUUUUUUUCAC